UCGUCCACGCAUGCCCCAUGACGUAUGCACGCAUGCAAACAUUUUGUAACUAAUAAUGGCUGCACCAUUGGUCAGGAUUUUCUCAAAGUCGUGCAGACAGAUCUCUCGACCAUGGUGCCAGGCUGGAUGGAGGAGCAGGUCCACCAAUCCUGCCCCAGAUGUGUCCUCAGACCAAACAGCUGGUAUGGUCUCCUUUCCUCCACUUCAAACAUAUUCAGAGGAGGAGAGCAUGAUGAAGGAAGCGGUUAAGAAAUAUGCACAAGAGCGCAUUGCUCCGUUUGUGUCCAAGAUGGACGAAAACUCUGCCAUGGACGAGGAAGUGAUCAAAUCUCUUUUUGAACAGGGUCUCAUGGGCAUUGAGAUUGACCCAGAGUACAACGGCACCGGCUCCUCCUUCUUCUCCUCCAUUCUGGUCAUUGAGGAGCUGGCGAAGGUGGACCCCUCUGUGGCUGUGCUCUGUGACAUCCAGAACACACUGAUCAACACACUGUUUGCCAAUCUAGGUACAACCGCUCAGAAAGAGCAGUACCUCAGCCGACUGUCAACUGACAUGAUUGGAAGCUUCUGCCUCUCUGAAGCAGAGUCGGGGAGCGAUGCCUUCUCUCUGAAGACGCGUGCUGAAAAACACAAGGACUAUUACGUCAUCAAUGGAUCCAAGAUGUGGAUCAGUAAUGCAGAGCAUGCAGGUGUUUUCCUAGUGAUGGCAAAUGUCGACCCCUCUUCUGGAUACAGAGGCAUCACCUGCUUCAUAGUGGACCGGGACACAGAGGGGCUCGAGAUUUGCAAGAAGGAGAACAAGCUCGGCCUGCGCUCGUCCUCCACCUGCCCGCUCAACUUUGACAAUGUCAAGGUACCAGAGAAGAACAUUUUGGGCCAGAUCGGUCAGGGGUACAAGUAUGCUAUCGGAAUGUUGAACGAGGGCAGGAUUGGAAUUGCCGCUCAGAUGAUUGGUCUGGCCCAGGGUUGCUUUGACCACGCUAUUCCUUACACCAGACAGAGAGUGCAGUUUGGACAACGCAUCUUUGACUUCCAGGGCAUGCAGCACCAAAUAGCGCACGUAGCGACGCAGAUCGAAGCUGGUCGGCUGCUGACGUACAACGCUGCUCGUCUGAAGCAAGCUGGGAGACCUUUCAUCAAGGAGGCCUGCAUGGCGAAAUACUUCACUGCAGAGGUUGCAACUCUAACCACAUCUAAAUGCAUCGAAUGGAUGGGAGGGGUCGGCUUCAGCAAAGACUACCCCAUAGAGAAAUACUACAGAGACUGUAAAAUUGGCACCAUUUAUGAGGGCACAACAAAUAUUCAGCUAUCGACGAUGGCCAAGUUCAUUGAUAAAGAGUAUGAUCACUGAAACCACCUGACUGGAGCCUGAUGGAUGGCAAACCUGUGUUACACUCCGUAUUCUUCCCCUCAAAUGACUUUGUGGAGUGCAUUGCUGUAGAUCUGCAUUCAUGUUUUAGAGUUUUGUUGCAGUUAUAGAUGUUUGUUACCAAUCCCACCUCUUGUUAAGUAGUUCACACUACUGAUUUUACUCAUGUUGUGGUUAAAUGCCUCCAGCUUUAGGUUCAAAGUUGCUCUGGUACAAUGAUUUCUAUUGCUUUCUUUCAGACCUUUCCAAAAGUCUAGGAGUAACUGAAUGUAUGUAGAGCUGCACCGCUUCCCUCUUGUUCAUUCUUCUUCUGCUUAUUGAGAUAUGGUGAUGAAUCAUGACAGCACAACAUGACUGAUCCAUAUGUUUUUUUUUUAAUAUUAGAAUUUUGAAAGAUAUUGAUUGGUAUUUUCUUUGAAUGUUUCAGUGCCUUCAGAGGGUCGGCUAUGACUGAGCUAAAUCACUUAAAAGUGUGUUGUCUUCGCUGGCUCUCAAAUAGGUGAAUUCUAACAUUUCACUCACUUACUACUGUACAGUUACUUGUUGGAGAAAAUGUGGAAAUAGUUUCACAUCAUAUAAAUAAAUAUUCUGUAUAGAGAAAUCUAUUAAUAACUUUGGCAAUAUCAAUAAAUAUGAAGUAUGAUGUAGUGCAA